AUGCAACGCCCAUCGUACUUCUGUUCCUGCCGCAGCGUAGCCGAUCCGCCCAUCGCCCGUCCUCCACCUCCCGCCGCGCCCCCCAUUGUCCAGGCCCAGCCCAACAAGUGGCCCACGAUCCUGAUCGCACGGCGCAAAAACCCGCCCAAAGAGCACCCAAAAAGUGGAUCGGAUCACCCGCCGCCACCACUCACGGCCACCGCCGCACGCCCGGCACCGGCUAGGGCAACACACAUCGGCAACGGUCCAACGUUCGUUGUUGGCCGAGAGAUCUCGCUUGCACACUGUGCGGCGACGACUGGGGCCGUGGCCGGAAAUUGA